UUCCACCAUUAGGACAAUAAUUAAGGAGUUCCAAUCAACAGGAAAUGUUACAAAUCUGCCUUCAGUAUAUUGUCAAUGUGUCUAUUGUCUUAAUGCAAUGUGAGGAGGAUAGUUUGAAUGGCCAAAGACUCUCCAAGGAUCACAGCUGGAUAAUUGCAGACAAUAGUUAAGUCAUGGGGUCAGAAAGAAUUUUAAUGGACCUUGAUUGGAUCCCCAACAGAAAAAUGAUCUAAAAGAACCAUUUAGUCUUCCUCCAGGAAAUCAGCCUAUUCAGUUCUGGACUAUAGGCUAAGUCUAAAACCAUGGCAGAGAAAGCAGAUUUCUGUUAAUCUGGUUUAACGGGCAGUUUCAGUCUAGGACUAGGCUUAAUCUCUGUCUGGGAAACUGCCCCUGAGGGUUUUUUCUUUUUUACCUCUCAUAUUUUAACACAAUAUAUCUUUGUCUAUCUGCUUCAAACGUCAGUCACAAUUAUAAUGAUUAUUAAGGCAAUUUAAAGUACUGGUUUUGAAUACAGAGAGUUACAUUGUUGCAACUCAAAGUAAGCUGUUAAACUAGUUAGGGUCGGUUGAAACUGUAUGACAGAAAAGAAUAACAGCAAGAAAUGACCCAUCAUUAAACAUUUAAUUUGCAUCGUAACAGCUGUAAUAUUUAACAAGAAGUUACCUUUACUUGCAUGUUACCUAUAUAUCUACUGAAUUUAAAAUAAAUCCAUAGUACAGCUCAGCUGCCUGCAUGAAAUAGUCAAGACAACUCUUACCUCUGAAACAUCUGUCUGUUCUUCAGUCUGUCUAGGCAUGCUGAAAAAUCAAGAAAAUAGAAAAAGUCUUCAAUGGGGAUUGGCUUUGUUACAACUCUCCACACCCCUGUCAGAGGCACCACAAAGGCCUUUGCUGAGGAGAAGGAAUUAAGCUAAAGCAGACAGAGUGACGGUCUCAAGGAAAAGCGCGAACAAAAGGUGUGGGAGGAAUGCUUCAAAAUGGUGCUGGAACACACAAAGGUGGAGAUAACUGGAGCAGUCAACAAAAUCAGUACCAAGAGGAAGACCGUUCUACCUUUUCCAGCAUGCAGAUGAAGGCCAGAAGAAGCAGUUCAUCUCUGAUCUCAUGCAAACCCAUGGCUACCAAGGUAUCUGUUCCCUCGGACAGUGAUUUCAAAGGUUCUGGCUCAUCUCACAUUCAAAAUUCCACUCUACCACAGCAGACUGCCAGUGAAAACACAAGCAAACAUUUCAGACAGCACAGACCAUCAGUACUACGCAAAGGCAACCAGCCGUUCCCACAAGCUUGUGGUGUUCAUGACUGGGUUGUGGACACUGUGUGUAAGACAGAACCUGACAGUGACCUGUCAGACCCCGUGCCACUUUACACCAACCAAUCUGAGAGUCCUCAGCCUGGCAGCACAGAGCAUACUGGGAAGCAUCCAUACAGUGUUCCAGGUGGCUUUCUGUGUGUUAAAGGACAAUGUGGAUGGCCUGGGUGCUCAAAGAGCAGAGAAGUGUUCAAAGAAUAUGGACAUUUCUUAAAACACCUUUCUACUGACCAUGCUCCUGGGGACAGAAGUAUAGCCCAGUUGAGGAUGCAGAAAGACAAAGUACAAUACAUGGAGAAUCAGUUGAUUGCAGAGAGACAGAAACUACAGGCUAUGCAGCUACACCUGUUUGACGUCAAAUCUACCUCUGAGGAUGGUAACAGUGUGGGGAAGUCAGGACAGCUGUCAGAACUCCUGCAACCUGCAGCAUGUCAGAACACAAAUGGUGUCUAUGACAGUGACAGAGCGGCAGCUGAAGCACUAACCCAAGGAUACUGGCAGAUCUCUACCUCACAAGUUAUACCAGGGAUUAUCCCCAGUUUUGAGUAUUAUAAGUUCACAAACAUGAGGCCACCUUUCACCUACGCCUCCAUGAUACGAUGGGCUAUACUGGAGUCCUCAGAGAAGCAGCUUACUCUGAACGAAAUAUAUCACUGGUUUACCCGCAUGUUUUUCUAUUUUCGUCACAACACUGCCACAUGGAAGAAUGCUGUUCGGCAUAACCUCAGUCUUCAUAAGUGCUUUGUGCGCGUUGAAGGAAGAAAAGGUUCUGUUUGGACUGUGGAUGAAGAGGAAUUUCUGAGAAGAAAAGGACAAAAGUUUCACAGGGAUCAGGAUAUGGGCUGGAUGGCACCUUUUCACAUGUUUCCUGUGACUCCACAAGGUGAAACUUUUCAGAUGCGAGGCCCAAAUGGACUCUCGUGAAGAGAUUAAAAUCGCAUUUCAACCACUAACAAUAUCAACAACUUUUGUAAGAAUGAUAAAUAUUAUGAUAGUUUAAAAUGGUGGGUUUAAACGUAUAGCUGGCAGUCUAUUUCAGACAGUUUUUUUUGUUUUUGUUUUUUUUUAUACAUGAUUUGUGUAAGGAAUUAUGAAGUUUGCAUUAUCCAAAAAUAAAGUUAAGUAGCGGGUGUUCAGCAAACUUUUCACUAUCCUUCUUGCUUUUAAAUGUACUGAUUAAAAAGUACAGGUACGUUUUUAUAAAGCUUACAAUUGUACAUCCAUAAUGAUACUAAUGGCAUCGUAUGUAAAUACAUUUAAUAUGGUACUUAAUUUAAUAUUGCUAAUUAUGCUGUUAAACAAUAACUGUACAUUUUCUCUCUAUGAAUUAAUGUCUUAAUAUGAUAUUCAAAUAAAGGUCCAAACUGAAACGCAA